AUGUCACUCUUUAUCUCUUCCAGUAACAUCAGAACCUACAAAUCAUCAGCCAUGUCUGUUUCUUUCCAAGACAAAUGGGACUUGCAUGUCUUAGACAACGGAGAAACCAUCUCUGAUUUCAUAGACAGAAAAAUAACAGAGAUCAAGUCAGAGGGGAUAGAAGUACCCUUCCUUGUGGGGAAUCUUGACACUGUAUUGGGGAAUCACCACCGCUGGCUUCACAACAUGCCUUGGGUCAGACCUUUCUAUGCUGUGAAGUGCAACCCCAACCCGACCAUUAUCAGGAUGCUGAGUGGUCUUGGUACAAGGUUUGAUUGUUCCACUAAGAAUGAGAUACAGCUGGUCUUGUCCCUUGGAGGGACACCUGAUAACAUCAUCUACGCACAUCCAAUAAAGCCACAGUCCCACAUCAAAUAUGCCAAAACUUGUGGAGUUGAGAAGAUGACAUUUGACAAUGAGGAGGAACUCUUAAAAAUUUCUCAAAUUUAUACCACAGCAAAAUUGGUGCUACGAAUUGCUGUUGAUGACUCCAAAUCGCUGUCGAGACUCAGCUCAAAGUUUGGGGCCAAAAUGUCAAUAGUUGGCAAACUGCUGGAGCGCGCUCGAGAGCUGGGAUUAGAGGUCAUUGGGGUCAGUUUCCAUGCAGGCUGCGUAUGCACUGAUCGCAUGACUUACAAGAAAGCCAUAGCAGAUGCACGAUGUGUCUUUGACAUAGCAAAUUCAGUGGGCUUCCAGAUGAGUCUCUUGGACAUCGGUAGAGGUUUUACUGGAAGGGAUGACAUUGAAUUAAAUUUUGAACAGGUUUCAGAAGUCAUUAAUGCAGCACUGGAUGAAUAUUUCCCAUCUGACAGCGGAGUGCAGAUUAUUGCUGAACCAGGACGGUACUACAUGGAUACAACCUUCACAUUGGCGGUGACCAUCAUUGGUAGAAAAGUUGUCACAGAUGAAGGUGCUGAACACACCAAGAGUGAAGACGGCAAACCUGAACAACAGAUGAUGUACUUCAUUAAUGAUGGCAUUCAUGGGAUUGGGAGCUGCCUUAUUGUUGACCCUGCACAUGGCAAAUAUUUAUCAUACCCUCACAGGGCUGUGCAGCACAAUAAGCAGAUCUACAAGUCUGUUAUCUGGGGUCCGACGUGCAACAGCAAUGACAAACUAACCGACAACAGCUGGCUUCCUGAGUUACAGGUGGGCGACUGGCUUCUGGUCGACAACAUGGGUGCUUACACAAUUAGUCUCGUCACUGAAUUCAACGGGUUUGAAAAGGCAAAUAUUUGCACUGUCGUGACCGCCAAGACAUGGCAGACCCUGAAUCUCAGCUAUACAAAAGAGAAGGUGGCUGAGGAAGAAUCCAAAGAGACCAAAGCCAGCGCGGUGCGCUGGGAAGCAGAGCCACCCCCAUAUAAACGUCAUGAUAGGGGGAAAACAGCUGGACAAUUUGUACUAGGCACUCUUGAAGAGGACCGGGGCAUGGAUGUAGAGGGUCUCCGAGUCCAAGGAGGAGUCCAAGAAAAGGGAGAGUCAAAACCUUCACCUGUGCCCAGAGGCCGACUGAAAACCAUCCCCUCCCACCAUAAGUCAGCCGACUGGACACUCUCAGGCCAAAAGGGCUCUGCGGAGUGGUACCAGAGGUUUAGUGACACGCUGGAUCUGGCCAGAAAAGACAAUGAAGAGCUAGCUGAGCAACUUCGGCUAGUGGAGGAAAGAAGACAAAAAUACUGGGAUGCCGAGGAAAGAAGGAAAUUACAGCAGUCAACACCCAAUCAAGGGAACCACACCAAAGAGCCGCCCACCCGGAGGAUUUCUGCUGAGGUCACCAUUGAGAGUGCAAGAGAGGUCCGACUCAGGCAAAGACAACAACGUACAGCCAAAGAAAUAGCAGCUCUGGAACAGGACAUAACUGGUUUGCUGGGUCGCCUGAGGGCCGUCAGUAGCACUCGAUCCGGCAGAAAUUAUGGAGCCCCCGCAGGGAUAGAAGAGGACGAGGAAGACUCUAUGUGCCCACUGGUAAAAACAUGA